AUGUUCAAAAUGGAGUUGCACUUUGUGCAUAUUCUUCUCUUAUUUUCUCUUUCUUUCUUUACAUGUGUUAAUGGUGUGCACUUUGUGCUGAUUCAUGGAGGUAGCCAUGGUGCAUGGUGUUGGUAUAAGGUGGCAACUCUGUUGAAAUCUGCUGAUCAUAAUGUUACAACUUUUGACUUGGCUGCUUCUGGUGUCAACCCAAAGCAGGUGCAAGAGAUUAGUUCAAUUUCAAAAUACUAUGAACCUUUGAUGACAUUGAUGGAUUCUCUUCCGCCAAAGGAAAAGGUGAUUCUUGUUGGUCAUAGUCUUGGUGGGAUAUCCAUGUCUCUUGCUAUGGAAAGGUUCCCUGAGAAAAUCUCAGUUGCUGUUUUUGUUACUGCAUAUGUGAUUAGUGCAAACCUCACAUAUCCAGCUCUUCUUCAAGAGUUUCAGAAGAAGUUAAUUUUUGCAGCUGAAGACAAGGGCGGGUUCCUCUAUGGACAUGGGCCUAACAAACCUCCAACAGCUAGAUUGACUGGACCCAAAUUCAUGGCAACCAACAUGUAUCAAUUAUCACCACCUGAGGAUUUGACCCUUGCAUUGUCCCUGGUGAGACCUGUACCUAUUUAUAAUGAUGUUGAACUAUUGUUGAAAGAAACAACAGUUACCAAUGACAGAAAUGGAAAGGUACCUAAAGUUUUUAUCAUCAGCAAAAGAGACAAUUUGAUAACAGAGGAUAUACAAAAGUGGAUGAUUGAAAGAACUGGUCCAUUUGCUGAGUUGAAAAUGAUAAAAGAUUCUGAUCACAUGGUCAUAUUCUCCAAACCAAAGAAGCUUAGCUCUCGCCUUCUAAAGAUUGCACAAAAAUAUUAAUCCUUAAUUGUUAAUGUGCCUCAUUUGACACUUUC